AUGCCUGCGCGCACUUCGACCAGGUCGACGCGGACCUCCUCCGCUGCCGUCUCCCACAAGUCGUCGUCCGCGACGCUCAACCCGCGCACCUCGACCGCGUCCAGAGCCUCGUCCGCCACCUUCGAUGCGCCCCUUGACACGCCGGAGAAUGCUCUGCGCACACAGAUUGCUUCAGUCUUCCGGGACGCGCAAAAGAACACCGCGUCUCACCGAAAGCUGGCGGUGACCUUGCGCAAGAUCCAAGAGGCCUGCAGCUACGAGCCGACAAGCGCCAACAAGACGGGCGCGUCCGAUUUUGAGGAAGAUGACUUCAACAACGAGUUUGCGCGAUGCGUGCUUCGCGCAAUGCCAGUCAAGAAGACCGAGAGCGUGGGAGAAAAGACUAUCCGCUUCAUUGGACUCUUCUUGCGACACUCCAUCGACAAGGACAACGAGCUCAUGGGCGAGGUAGAUGAAGAUGCCAGCACCAUGCCCGAGACCCCAGGAACGCGCCUGACUGGGCACCUCGUCGACACAAUCAUCCCCCUCCUCACUACAAAGGACAAGUUUGUACGGUACAGGGCAACGCAGCUCAUCUCUCACAUCAUCAACUCGCUCGACGCUAUCGAUGACGACCUCUUCCAGAAGCUGAGGCAUAGCCUCCUCAAGCGCAUUCGCGACAAAGAAGCCAUGGUCAGGGCUCAAGCUGUUCUCGGUCUUGGCCGCCUUGCGGGUAACCAGGUAGACGAGGAAGGCAAUUCUGACGACAGCGACGGCGGCGCUGGCACCGGCCUGCUUGACAAACUUCUUGAAGUCCUUCAGAAUGACCCGAGCGCUGAUGUGCGGCGGUCACUGCUGGUCAAUCUACCUAUACUUCCGACCACGUUGCCCUAUCUACUUGAGCGUGCUAGAGACCAAGACGCAGCCACUCGUCGCGCAGUAUAUUCACGCCUUCUUCCUGCCCUUGGAGACUUCCGUCAUUUGUCGCUUUCUAUGAGAGAGAAGCUCUUGCGGUGGGGUCUCCGAGAUCGAGAUGAGAACGUCCGCAAAGCGGCUGGCAGACUCUUCCGCGAACGCUGGAUCGAGGACUGUGCCGGCGCGCCGCCUCUAAACGAAGACGGCAAGCCGGCCGAGGCCCUUCCACCAAACUUUGAUGCACUUCUGGAGCUUCUGGAGCGUAUCGAUGUUGUCAAUUCUGGAGUCGAGAACGGUGUGGCCCUCGAAGCUAUGAGGGGCUUCUGGGAGGGUCGCCCUGACUAUCGCGAUGCCGUCACUUUUGACGACAACUUUUGGGAGACUCUAUCAGCAGAAUCGGUCUUCAUGGCGAGGAGUUUCAAUGAGUUCUGCCGCAACGAGGGCAACGGCAAGUACGAGUCGCUUGUCGAGGAGAAGCUGCCCGAGGUGACCAAGCUGGCUUUCUUCCUGGAGCGCUACAUGAAAGUUUUGAUUGAUGCCAUUAAGAGGGCUGAUCAACAAGAUGCUGACGAAGAAGACGAGGAAGAAGACACUGUCGAGCAGGAAUUCAUCGCGGAACAGCUCCUCCAAAUUGCGCUGACUCUGGAUUAUUCGGACGAGGUCGGACGCAGGAAAAUGUUUGCCCUUCUCCGACGAUUCCUGUCGAUCCCCGAAUUGCCGGACGAAGUCACCAAGCUUACCAUCGAUGUGCUGCGCGAUAUCUGCGCUCCUGAUAAUGCCGGCGAGCGCGAGUUUUGCAGUAUCGUCCUCGAGGCUGUUGCCGACGUGCAUGACACUAUUCUCGACGACAUGGAUAGUGCUGAUGCGGAGGACAGCUUCCACUCAGCAAGGUCCGAGGUCAGCAGCGACAGCACGCCCACUAAGAGUGGCAAGUCCAGCAAGGGCCCCGAGCUGAGCGAGGAGGAGGCACGCGAGAAAGCCAUCAAGGAGAUCAUGAUCAACAUGAAGUGCCUGCACAUCGUUCAGUGUAUGCUGUCGAAUGUUGGGGGCAGUCUCCAGCAGAACGACCAUCUUGUGUCGAUGCUGAACAACCUCGUCGUGCCAGCAGUCAGGAGUCACGAAGCGCCUGUCCGUGAGCGCGGCCUGGUGUGCCUCGGCCUGUGCUCGCUCUUGGACAGGUCACUGGCCGAGGAGAAUCUCACACUCUUCAUGCACUUCUUCAGCAAGGGUCAUACCGCCUUGCAAAUCACCGCGCUCCAGAUUCUCACAGACAUCCUCAAUACUCACGGUGCCCAACUGCUCUCUACCACACCAGCGCUUGUCAAGGUCUACGUAAAGGCUUUGCGAUCCGGCGCCAAGUCUCCCGAGGUACAAGCUGCCGCCACAAUUGCGGCUUCCAAGCUCCUCCUGGGACGUGUUGUCACGGAGCAAGAGACCUCUGCCGAGCUGCUGAAGACUCUUGUGGUGGCCUACUUCGAGCCCUCGAGCUCCGGCAACCAGAGCGUGAGGCAGGCGCUGAACUAUUUCCUGCCCGUCUUCUGCUACUCGCGUGCAGAGAACCAACAGCUCAUGAGAUCAGUCGCUCUCGAUGCGCUGCACACCCUCUACAACAUCCGCGAAGGUCUCGAGGACGAUGAUGCCGAUGUUGAUGACGAGAUGGUCAGUCUCACGACCAUUGGCGCUUGUCUCGUUGACUGGACCGACCCGCGGAAGUGCUACUCUCCCGGCCUUUCCCUGGAUGCCGAGAAGAAGAAUGUCAAUGGCGAUGUCCACCUUGAUUUUGCCAAUGACAUACUAGAACGACUUGAUAGCCACAUCAGCAAGGAGGAAAAGAAGAUUGUCGCCGGGCUCUUCGGCAAGCUCUACGUCUCACCGGCCUCUACCGAGGAGAAGAUCCGAACCCUCUACGCCGACGUCUCGGAGGCAGUCGAUAACCAGCUCGUGGCCGAUACCACCGGCCGGAAUGCGUUGUACAAGAUCCACGUCAGCCUCGGCAAGAUUGUGAACAACCUGGACCAGGCGGCGGCGCAGCACGAGGGCUUCGGCAGGAGAAGCGUCAGCAGCCGCGCCACGUCUGUCGCCCUGGAGGAGCGGACGGUCGUCGAGGACAAGACGGUGGUGCACGAGGCAGACAUCAAGGAGGAAGAGGAGGGGGAUGGAGAGGAGCAGCAAGAGGAAGACGGUGAAGGCGAUAGCAACGAAGGCACCGUCAUCCAGAAGGGCGACGAGGACUCGCUCGUCGAAGACCUGCUAUCGGAAGAAGAAACGUGA